AUGUUGCGGCCCCCCGGCCAGCCUUCGGGUGUGUCCAUCACAUCCCACCACGCACGACCGUGGCCGCGGGAGAACGGGAGGGAGAAUCCCUCUGCAAGAGAUUUGAGGUGGUCGAGCGAGGGAUCAACGGCCUAUCGCGCUCAAAAAGGCUCAUCGUCUGUCGAAAACACCACCAAGGACCCUGGGGUUGGCUUGACCCAAAGGAGAACGGGAGCGCAUUGUACACCGCUUGAAGCAGGACUUCUGUCCAUCCGCGGGACUUCCUUCUUGUUCAAGAUGAAGAAAGUCAGCACCGGGGAGCGAAUAAAAUUCGCAGAUCUGCGUCGGCGCAGCGUCGGGGUGUCUCGCGAUGCGGACAGUGAUGCUGCGCAAAGCGAACAACGCUUCGUUUCUGAGCUCAUGGACACCACACCUUCGUCGUCGUACGAAGGAGAGACGUUGGGGGAUGGCUACGCUUACAAUCCUCCAGACCCAUCAGUUUCAAACUCACCUCUUGCAAGAUAUGAAUCUGACGGGGAGGCUGCAGAUGAAGUGGUGACUGACACCCAAGAAGGCAUUGGCAAGGCCGACUUGAUCGUCAAGGAGGAUGUUCCGGAGAUUCCGGAAGAAACGCAACAGGGCUCGCUGCUUGCUGCCGGGCUUGCAGCUGUACAGAUCGGCGCGUCGCAGUCCGGGCUUGGCGGACUACUUGCCGGGGCCCGACAACGUGACGAUACGAUGACUUUAAGCGACGGAGAGAGCUUGAUGGGGGAUCCGCGUGUAGACCAUGGCACUGAUCAUGGUCCAGGGGGGUGUACGGCUGAGCAGCUGAUUAGGGCUUUGGUAUCCGAGUGCAAGUCGCGUGAUCUGGGAAGCGAGUUAACGCAGGGUGCGGACAAGUACGUACUGCGUAUGGCAGACGAUGACUGGGACCCUGAUUUGGACUUCCCGGGUCUCGAUUCGUCUGCUGUCAUCACCGACGUGGGUGUGGAUCAGUUCGUUCUUUGUCAUCAGGCGCAAAUCGAGCCAAUGUUGCACAUAACGAUUGCGUUGCACAAAGGCCUCAACGGGCCAUUGACGGGUACUGGCGCGAUGGAGGCGCCAGGCGCAGGGGCGAGUAUCACUCUCGAGGUCGACUUUCAAACCCCUGGACAAGAGGGCACGCAUCACAUGAGUGUCCCCAUAGCAUCCGAGAGUGGUCAACGGGACCUAGUUCGCUUCAGAGAUAGCGGCGUGCGAGGUAGCGCGGCAAGCGCGGAUGCGGCUGAAGUAGAGAAGCUUUUACGCACUCCCCCAGGCAACAAAGAACAAGUGGUUGAAGAAAUUGGGAUUGAAGAGGCCGUCAAGGUUCGAAAUAUGGACACUGGCGAGGACAUCACCCUGGCGGAAAUCAAAGACCGUGUUCCUCCGUCAUUGGAUCCUGGAGAGGUGUUUCGCUCGAAAGACGUAGGAUAGACCUGGUUUAGCCUUUGUGAAGGGUUGUUAUUUUAGUGGGACUUUUACUUCCAUCAUUUAACGAGUAUCUGUAUGAUUCGGAUGCAGAUGUCGACAGAUAGCCCUCCGCAUCUGCAUGCAAAAUUGUAUUUUUAGCAGUAGGUUGCGGCGACAAACACUACACACGACUCCCGACUAUUACGAUGCAAGACUAAAACCCAUCUCGUUGUCGGGCGUAACCGGCAUCACGAGGAGGGACAGCGGUGCCGUAAAUAGAUGCGUUUUGAUGCCACGUUUUGUUCGUGCAGCAGGAAGAUGCACGCACCAAGUACUUGUGUCCCGGAUGGCUGACGACUUGCAACCGUUGUUAAGGUUUGCGUAGUCUGGGGUGCCCGUCAGCGAACUCCUUCGAACUCGCCGCAAGUGUGAGAAGUUUCGGUCGCGGCUUCGGGUUUCCUUAGACGUGCCCUACUUGUUGUAAGCGCCGAGGGUGGAGUUCGAGGUGCUGCGGCAACUCUACUGUUCGCCUUGCCUCCGAUGCCGGCAGUGCUUGCACUGUUUCGCGACCAAGAUUUUCGGUUUGUGUGUGUGUUCGGACGCGCGAAGAUACUUUUCGUUUCCAAACAGCGGCGGUUUUCCGCCACGAGUUUGUUCGCGUACUCAGAUACGAGAGCGGCAACACAAGGCAAACGAGCUUCACAUGAAGCUGGGGGCUAGCCCCGGGCUACAUGAAGCACUUGGAUGGGUAAAGAUACACCGUUCAGCACAUUUCAUCU